AAAAAAGUUUCUCUGGUUUAAAAAGUAAGUCCAAUUGUCCAAUUUGUGUUUACGCUUAUUAAAGGUUUUUCUAAAAUUUGUGGUGUAUUUAUUUAAAAGUGUAAUUAUGUCUACAAAUUUUUCUUUUGGUGCAAAAUCUUGUUAGGACUUCCGCUCCGGCGUUUCCUACUGGAAGUAUUACAUAUGGAACUCCAUCCGCUCAGCCACAAUCACAACCAAUGACUGGGGGAUUUCAGUUCGGAGCUACGCCCAUAACAUCGUCUUGGGGGUCGACUAUAUUUGAACCGGCAACUACGGCUAAACCGACUUUGUCUUUUGGUGCUCCCACUUCCACCAGUUCGGCCGGAAUUAAUUUCGGUGGUUCGACAUUAACGAGUUCAGCCAAUAGUUCAUUAAGUUUCAAUCCUCCAGCUUCUACAACUAGCGGAUUUGGUUCUUUGGCUGUACCUUCCAGUUCCAUUUCUUUUGGACUUGGCGCUACAACAACCACACAAACUUCGUCACUGGGAUUAAAUUUUGCCGCAUCUAGUGCAGCUCCGACAAUAGGAUUUUCUACUCCUAGUACUAGCGGGGCUGUGUCUUUUGGUUUAAGUACGGCUGCUACUACCACAACAUCCACCAGCUUAGGUUUUGGUAUAGGAGCUGGUAUUCCUACAACAUCAACUUUUAGUCUUACUCAAGCAUCUACAACACCGCCGUCCAUUGGUCUCGGAGGUAUAGCUACGACUCAAGCCAAAAGUGCUUUAGUUGCAGCCCAAAAAGAGCUUCCACCGAAGGAACAACCACUACCCAAUGAAAUUUUACAAACUGUGGAAAAUUUCAAGGAAGUGGUUAAGCAGCAGAAACAACACAGUUCAGAAAUAGCCAGAUGUUCGGUUAGAGAUUUUAGGAACAUCGAGCAAGAGAUUGACUUGCUCAAUAAUUAUAUCCAUGAGGUUGAAAGUCAGUUACAAAAAAACAGACAGUUGACUGAAAAACUGAAAUAUGAUACGGCCAAAAGUGUUCAAGACGUGGAAAUGGCUCAGAGAACUCAUGACAUUCCGCCCGGUUUACAAUACGAAAAUAAUGCGCCCGUAAACUUUUUUCUAAAUCUCGCGGAUCAGUUUGAGCAAACCAUGCAAAUGCUGAAAAUACAAAUUGAAAGUGCGGAUAAAUAUGUAAAGGAUAAUAAAAAACCUGAUCUUUUAACCCCACAAGAUCUUGCUCUCGGAAUGAGAAGGCUCCAUGAAACAUUUGUAGCACUGGCCGGAAGGUUGCAGUCGGUACACAGCCAAGUAGAGUCACAAAAAGAAGCCUUCUUAAACAUAAGGAAAGCAUUAACCAAUGAUACGAGCAACCCUUUUGACAGUCUCGGUUCUCCACAAAGCAUUGCAUCAAACUUAAAAUCACCAUCGCAAAGUGCUCCAAAAGUAGCUACAGGUCCUACUCCUUUUAGUAACUUUGCUAUGGGAAAUAUCAAUUUGGGUAUCCAACAACCUAGUACCGCCCAACCAUCGUAUUCUUCUGUGACAAUUGGGAACACUUCAAGUUUCGGAGGUACGGGAGCUUUUACAUCGACAUUCACUGGCAACCAGCCUUCAAAAACUUCUUUGUUUGGUACAACUUUUGGCCAAGUCUUUGGUUCUUCUUCCUUUCAGCUGCAGAAACCCCCGACAGGCAACAAACGCGGUAUCAGCAAUUGGAAUGCAUCAUGUAGGUAAGAGCAACUGUUGGAGGCCUAAAAAUGUAAACAUCA